CCUCCUUUCUUUAUUUCUGGAUGAAUGUUUUUUUCUUUUUCUUUUUUUCUGAAGGAAUAUCUAGUCCCCCCAUGCCAAUGUCAGUCACACCCCCUUCAUAAUAAGACCACCACUUGAACCAGAGAGACAGAGAGUUCAUCAGCCAUCAUCAACCAGAAAACGAUCACCAUGGCAGCAGCCUUCGUGAGAUUGUCAAUUCUUCUAGGAUCACUCGCACUCGUCUCAUCAGCCUCCUCCAUCACCAUCAACAACACUCCUUCAGAGUACCAAAACCAGGGCCUUCUUGGCGCCACUGAAGAGAUGCAAAGAGCCAACUACUUCACCUUCGUCACGCUCAUCAACAUGGCCUCUCUCGACUCAACAAUCCAAGCCAACGUCACUUUCUUGAUGCCCAACGACAGGAUGCUCUCGAGGAACGUCAUGGCACCAGGCUCUGUUUCCGCCUUCUUGCUCCGCCAUUCCAUCCCUUCGCCUCUGCUUUUCGACGAUUUGGAGCGUCUCCCAACAGGCUCCAUCAUACCCAGCUCGCUGCCGGACUGCAUGCUCAGAAUCUCCAACAAUGGCAGGAGAAACUUCUCUCUCAACAAUGUCAAAAUCAUUAGCCCAAAUAUUUGUACAGCCGGGUCUUCCAUCCGCUGCCAUGGCAUUGAUGGGGUUUUGCUACCGACUUCGAUGCCGGAGAACAACACAACUUCUCCCUCAUCUUCUUGCUCCAACAGCUCAAGUCCUCCUGUUGCAGGGGCUACAUCUCCAGCGCCAUCUUCACCAUCACUAACUGCUAUAGCAGCUGCCCCAUCACCCACGCAACCAAGUUCCAGUCCACAAAAACCAGGGCCUUCUCCAUGGUUGUCCUAUGGAGGAACACUUCAAUUGUUAGUGACCUCUUUGAUGGUGUUAAUCGUGGGGUCUAUCUAGUCUAGUUACUAUAUAAUUUGAAAAUCUUUGCAGGUGCUAAUUGAAUCAGGGGUAUUGGAAA